UAAUUUAUACGGCGAGCCGGACUUUUUAAAAAAUUUCAAAUUCAAGCUUGACCUCAGAAAUAUCAAAAAAUUAUUGAACCUAGACGGGGUCGAACUUAUUCAAAAUUAAGUAAGGCACAAUCAGUUCCGGCCCAUGAAUAUGUCCAGCUGCCGAUGCUCGUAGCAAUUCCAGCAGUGUUCACCAGAUCAUUUCCCGCCAUUUCAGUACCUCGAUUGGCGCGAAAAAGGAGACUCAAAAAAAAAUAAAAGAGAAAAGAAAAGGAAAGCAAAACUCAAUUCUUCACACCACCAAAGACUGCUCAGUCUUCUCCUUCUCCGAUCGGUUGAUUUUUUUUUGCGUCUAACAAAGAAAGAUAAAACGUGAAAUGGAGUUAGUUAAGCCUCAGCCAAACGAUGUCGUUCCAACUCUCCCUCUAUACCGUUGUGCACCUGCUCUCGAAGUUAGACUCGAAGACUUCGAGCUUUACGCUAUGGAUCGCCUUCGAGUUCUUAAAGGUGUUUCCGAUGGAUUAUCUCGCGGUAAGAAGCCUGAGGAAAUGGAAAAAUUGGUAAAUGAGCUAUGGAAAGCAAAUAUGAAGCAUCCACAAGCAUCAGAAGUUCUCAACAAGGACAUUAUUUCUCAUUUUGUUCUCCGUCUUGUUUAUUGUAGAACAGAGGACCUCAGAAAAUGGUUUCUUUCAAACGAGACUGCGCUUUUUCGAUACAGAUUUUGCCUUUUGACUGCUGAACCUCAGAGGGCAUUGUUGCAAGAGUUUGGACUUCCAUACAAGGCAGUUCCCAGCGCAGAAUUGGAGAGUAUAAAGGACAAAUUGGUUCAAGUUGCACGGUCCAUUGCUCUGCCUUUUCCCUCUUCUGACGCCAUAUUCUACAAGGUACCCUUUGAAGAAGUCCCAGAACUUGUAGCUGGUCGUAGAGUUUUUAUUCGUAAAGGCCAUGCGUAUGUUGCUCCAAAUCAGGUUGUUUCCCUUGUAGUUACACAAUUUCGCAGUAUCCUAUCAAAGGCACUCACUCUUACAAACAGGAAAUGGACAUCAAUGAUCAGAGAACUAGAAAAGCACCGCUUGACUCCUAUUGUGGAAGCCCUAUCUACAAGCUACCUGGGUCCUGACUAUUCUCAGCCCAAAGAAUUUGCUGAGAUAUCAAUUAAGGACAUUGACAUGGUAGCUAAGAGUUCAUUUCCACUGUGCAUGCGCCACCUGUUUGAAAAACUUAGAGAUGAUCAUCAUUUGAAGCAUGGAGGGAGGAUGCAAUUAGGCCUUUUUCUCAAGGGAGUUGGUUUGAAGUUGGAUGACGCUCUUGCAUUCUGGAAAGCAGAAUUCUCUCAAAAGGUUGGUGCAGAGAGGUUUGACAAAGAAUAUGCCUACAGCAUACGCCAUAAUUAUGGAAGAGAAGGAAAGAGAACAGAUUAUACACCUUAUGCUUGUCAAAAGAUAAUCUCUUCAACUCCUGGCGUUGGAGACCAUCAUGGAUGUCCUUACAGACAUUUUAGUGAAGAAAACUUGAGAGCAGCGCUUAGUGGAAUGGGAGUAAACAGUGGCGCAGUGGAUGAUGUAAUGGACAAAGUGCGAAAUAGACAUUAUCAGUUGGCGUGCACCUUAACAUUUGAAGCUAUUCACGGUUUAUCAUGUGAUGCUGGGAUUAACCAUCCUAACCAGUACUUCAGUGACAGCCAAAAGAUCCUGAAACCUAAGUGCAUCUAAUUGUUACUUCAGAACCUCCUGAUUACUGGAUUUAGUUUGACAAGUCCAAGAUUUAGAGGCCGAAGAAGAAAAAUGAGAAAAAAGAUGGAACGGUGAAAUUUGAAGUGGGACUCGAAGUGGCAUAUUCACAUCUUGGGAGACGGAUAGAUCGAAAAUCGAUCGGCUGAGAAAAUUCUAGCUGGCUCAGAUUAAAUUAUAAUUUUUCUUUUAGAAUAGACAUCUUUCUUUUCUUUUUGUAAUUACCAAAAUUGCUUCCAAAUAUAAUAUUCUUA